CAAUGAGACACACGAGUGUGUUCCUCUGUGUGGUGUAUAUAUUAAGUUAUUUUAAGAUAAAAACGUUAACUUGAAACAAAAUAAGUGAAAGCUCGCUUGAGAGAGUUGUUGCAACGGCGGCCGUUAAGACAUAAUUUUGUACUUUUGUAAGUGAGGCUCAACAUUGGGUUGUUGGUUCGUGUUGAACUGAUGCGCUGCUUCAGAGGGAAGCAGACGACCACAUCAUGAGUCCUUGGUAAUUAGCCACGCCCACCGUGUGAUUCUCAGCAGAUGAUUGGUAGACCACCUUUCGGACAAGUCCUGCAUAUGGUCCUUCAAGCUCUCAGUGGCCCCGCCUGCUGCUGUUCAGCAAGCAGCCUGUUUUGUGAUUGGUCGGGCACAAAGAGUCCUCCGCCGCUCGGAGGGCUUAUAAAAAAGGCUCUGUGCCACUCGGCAAGUACUUUUUCUCUGUGCUUUAACAGCGAAAGAUUAGAGCGAAAUCAUGAGCGGAAGAGGCAAAACAGGCGGUAAAGCCAGAGCCAAGGCGAAGACUCGCUCCUCUCGUGCUGGAUUGCAGUUUCCAGUCGGUCGUGUCCACCGUCUGCUGAGGAAGGGCAACUAUGCGGAGCGUGUGGGUGCUGGAGCCCCCGUUUAUCUGGCGGCUGUGCUCGAAUAUCUGACCGCUGAGAUUCUCGAGCUGGCCGGCAACGCUGCUCGGGACAAUAAGAAGACUCGUAUCAUUCCCCGUCACCUGCAGCUGGCUGUCCGCAACGACGAGGAGCUCAACAAACUGCUGGGCGGAGUGACCAUCGCUCAGGGCGGCGUGCUGCCAAACAUUCAGGCUGUUCUGUUGCCCAAAAAAACCGAGAAGCCCGCAAAGUCCAAGUAAACUUGUUCGUUCAGCUGGUACAGGCUGGACCCCAAAAAGGCUCUUUUCAGAGCCACAUCACUUGUAUU